AUGCCGUUAAAAUGGAAAAGCGGUUCUCCUGUCAGCUGGAAAUUCCCAGUGCCAGUUCUUAAGACAUCCAGGUCCUCACCCCUUUCGCCUGCCUACAUCCAGCAACACUCCUUUAUGGUUUGGACAACCCACUCUCUCCUCACUCCGACUUACCACCUGACGGGAUCCCUCGUGGAGGACGACGACCCUCACAUGAAAGUCGCUCUAGGCUAUGGGGAAAUGGGCAUCCCGGCUCACCUUCAGGCAUCGAAGACCGGAAACACGCGAUUCUUCACUAGCAAUACGCACAGCUCUGUGGUUCUUCAGGGAUUUGAUCAGCUGAGAAUAGAAGGUUUGCUGUGUGACGUGACGCUGGUUGCUGGGGAUGGCGAUGAAGCUUUUCCUGUUCAUCGUGCAAUGAUGGCCUCAUCCUCCGACUACUUCAAAGCUAUGUUCACAGGUGGAAUGAAAGAGCAGGAUUUAAUGUGCAUCAAGCUUCAUGGAGUUAAUCGAAUAGGCCUCAAGAAGAUCAUCGACUUUAUCUACACUGCAAAGUUGUCACUCAACAUGGAGAACCUGCAGGACACACUGGAAGCUGCCAGUUUCUUACAAAUCCUUCCUGUGUUGGACUUCUGCAAGGUUUUUCUCAUUUCUGGGGUUUCGCUUGACAACUGCGUUGAGGUUGGGCGAAUUGCGAACACAUACAACCUGACAGAGGUGGACAAAUAUGUCAACAACUUCAUCCUGAAGAACUUCCCCUCUUUACUUGGCACUGGAGAGUUUGUCAAGCUGCCGUUUGAAAGGCUGGCUUUUGUGCUGUCCAGCAACAGCUUGAAACACUGCACUGAGUUGGACUUGUUCAAGGCUGCUUGCCGCUGGUUGCGGUACGAGGACGGCCGGAUGGAAUAUGCAGCAAAGCUCAUGAAGAACAUUCGCUUUCCCCUCAUGAACCCACAGGAACUCAUUAAUCAUGUACAAACAGUGGAUUUUAUGCGCACAGACAACACUUGUGUCAACCUUCUAUUGGAAGCUAGCAAUUACCAAAUGAUGCCCUACAUGCAGCCGGUAAUGCAGUCUGAACGGACAGCCAUUCGCUCAGACAGUGCCCACCUGGUCACAUUGGGAGGUGUUCUGCGCCAGCAGCUCGUUGUUAGCAAGGAGCUGCGACUCUUUGAUGAGAAAGCUCACGAGUGGAAGGCGCUGGCUCCCAUGGACGCCCCUCGCUACCAGCACGGUAUUGCAGUCAUCGGCAACUUUCUUUAUGUUGUGGGUGGCCAAAGCAACUAUGACACCAAAGGAAAAACGGCAGUAGACACGGUGUUCCGGUAUGACCCUCGCUACAACAAAUGGAUCCAGGUGGCAUGCCUUAAUGAGAAACGCACCUUCUUCCAUCUCAGCGCUCUCAAGGGACAUCUCUACGCUGUCGGUGGAAGGAAUGCUGCUGGGGAGCUCGCUACUGUAGAGUGCUACAACCCAAGGACAAAUGAAUGGACGUAUGUUGCCAAAAUGAAUGAGCCACAUUACGGCCAUGCUGGGACGGUGUACGGUGGUUACAUGUAUAUUUCAGGAGGUAUCACUCAUGACACUUUCCAGAAGGAGCUGAUGUGCUUUGACCCAGAUGCAGAUAAAUGGACUCAGAAGGCCCCCAUGACGACGGUGCGCGGCCUCCACUGCAUGUGCACGGUGGGCGACCGGCUGUACGUAAUAGGGGGCAAUCACUUCCGCGGCACAAGCGACUACGACGACGUCCUCAGUUGCGAAUACUACUCCCCCGCCCUUGACCUGUGGACGCCCAUUGCCCCCAUGCUGCGAGGUCAAAGCGAUGUGGGCGUGGCCGUGUUUGAGAACAAGAUCUACGUGGUGGGCGGCUACUCCUGGAACAAUCGCUGCAUGGUGGAAAUAGUACAGAAAUACGACCCAGAAAAAGACGAGUGGCAGAAGGUGUUUGACUUGCCGGAGUCGCUAGGCGGGAUCCGAGCCUGUACACUCACAGUUUUCCCUCCUGAGGAUAUCUCAGGCUCGCCCUCCAGAGAGUCGCCCCUCUCAGCACCUUGAUAAAUAACGAGGGGGAGGCUCUGCUAUGUUCAAACGCCCGUUAACCUUCCCCAUGCAACCUUUUCAAUAAACACUCCUUUUAGACUUUGUUUGCACUUCUUUCUCAGACAUCUGUUCGGCGUAGCCGAGUCCUCAUCCCCUAAAACUGUGCAGGAAGCUCUCCCUGAGUGGUUAAGUCUACAUAGGACAUGGCUUGGCAACCUAAUUACAUGUCAAUGUUGCGUACUCAGUAUUUUUUGGCAGGAAAUACCUUGACUUGAAACUUGACUUUGCAAAUCAACUUUUCUACCUGAUGUCCACAGAGUUUUCUUACGUCCCAUUUCUUUUGCUGUUCGACCUUGAGAUGUUGACUACAUUGUGACUCUCUUCUACGCUAUGCCAGGUUGAAUUACAGGUGACCCCAGGCAGCAGCAGUGGUAGAAGAGCUCCAGAACUGAUGGUUUUUAACUCAGGGGUUGGCCCGGGCCCCAUCUGCGUCUCUUACAGUUUCAGCUCUUUCCUGCUGUUGGUAUGAAACUGUUCAAGAAACGAUGUUUUCUAAAUUUAAUAAACAUGAUUUUAAAAAA